AUGGUUUCACUGUGGCCUAAAAAACAAGACAACCCCGAAGGGGGGGACCAGCCCAGCCGUGAGGACGACGAACGUCAGUCCUCUCGGUCUCGACAGUAUCGCGAUCGCGAACCCGACGAGCGGACACGACUCCUUCCGCGCGAAGCUGCUGGAUACCUGCAUCCCGAUGAUCCUGCUGUCUCCCCCUACAAUCUCUGGAGCAUUCGUGCUCUGCGAGGCCUGUCCUCGCUCUUCUUGGCCAUUAGCUUCGUCUGGUGGACCUUCCUGCUCGUAUCAAUCUUCGUCAGCCCUCCAAUGAUGCAUACCCGCGGCUCCGGCUUCUUCGGUUUCUCUUACACCACGCUCACCGUCGGAUAUCUCGCCACUGGUCUGCUGUUCUUUGCCGUUCCUUCCAAGCCCAUGACCAUCUGGGGCUUUGUCCUGGCUAUCUUCCUUCUGGUCGAUAUGUGCCUUAUCCUGGCUGUUCCGCGAAUCCGCGUCGAGGAAGGCUGGGUUGGUAUCGCUUCUGUGGUCUGGGCAACGUUGAUUUCGUUCUACAACAUCCUCCAGAACUAUCUUGUCGCCUGGGGAAAACGGGAGGAAGAAGAACGAUUGACGGGUCGUGAGGAGACCCGUCGCUCUCUGCGCGAAUGGCUCGCUGUGCUGGUCGAAACCGUCGUCAUGGCUAUCCUAGGCAUUGUUGCCAUUCUCUUUACCGCAACACUGAUCUUGCGCUCCCGUGACGCCUCGCUCCCCGCCCCCGGCAAGCAGUACUACGUUAACGGCAACAACUACCGCGUUCAUCUCGCCUGCGUGGGGACCAUCACGGGAGAUCACAUCGAUGGUACGGCGUCUUCGCAUCGUCGACCGACUGUCCUCGUCGAGGGUGGCGAGGAACCCGUUGAACACACCCUGCUACCCUUCAUCGACGCCGCAUACAAGAACGGCACCAUCGACCGCUACUGCUACUGGGAUCGGCCGGGACUCGGCUGGUCCGACAACGCCCCGUCGCCCUACUCGGCCGGCAUGGCCGCCGACGCACUGUCGGAGGCGCUGGCGCUGGCCGGCGAAGAAGGACCCUGGGUCAUCGCCUCCGCCGGCGUGGGCGGCAUCUACAGCCGUAUCUUCGCGAGCCGACAUCUUCUUGAGAUCGACGGUCUCCUGCUGAUCGACACCCUGCACGAGGACUACCUGGGCAAAGUGGGCUCCCCGGGAUGGGGCUUCCUCCUCUGGUUGCGCGGUGUGCUCUCGCCGCUCGGUCUAGACCGGCUGGCGGGCGCCAUCUUCAAGGGCCGUACGCGCGAGGACCGCGUCUACGGGCGCAGCGCCUACCAGACGGGCAAGUUCAUCAAGGCCAAGCUGCAGGAGAGCUUGGUGGCCGGGUCCCUGACGUCGUCUGAAGUCCAGACGGCUCGCCAUGUGCAAAUCGCCAACACGCCCUUGGUGGUGGUCAGCUCCGGCGUGGAGGUCCGCAAGAGCGAGAAGUGGGCCAAGACCCAGGAGGACCUGACGACUGUGACGAAGAACCUACAGGACUGGGACGUAGUCCAGGGGGCGCCGCACGAAGUGUGGAAAACGCUUGCAGGACGGACUGUUCUGGAGCGAAGACUGGGACAGUUGGUCAAGGGACAUAAGAAGUAG